AUGUCGGACCUCCGCGGCGCAGGGCGGCCGGGGGAUGAUGGGAAAGAAAACCGCAAACGAAGGCAGAGGAGUGAGCCAGCCUGCGGGGCUCUGAGUGGAUGGCAAAUCGCCUCCAACAGCCGCUGCCUUGCAUGCGGGAGACUUGGGUCCAUGUGUGAUUGCAACAAGACCAAGAUCGACCCCCAACUCAAGCGGCGGAAACUCGACAGCAUCCUCCAGCACACACCGUACGUUCGCUGCAAGCAGCUUAGAGCAUUAGACGAGAUUUCGCGGGAGGAGUCAAAGUACCGUCGUCGUCUCGUGGAUCGCUGGGGGGAUGAGGUGGAAUUGAUUAGGCAAGUGGCCUUCACGCAUCGCCGCAUUCUCUUACUGCUCUUGCAAGAGACGGCCAGUCGUGAAGCGUUGCUGGCGGCGGAGCGCAAGGCGUGGUUGGAGGGGAUGGCCGCUGGGGAUCGGCACAUUGUUUUGUUCGCCACUUCCAGCCAUGAGCGCGAGGAACGGUGGCGGUUGUAUGCCGCAGCGCAAAGGGAGGUGCAAGUACUAAUGACGUGGCAUGGCGCAAUGUUUGACUGUCUCAGUUUGAAAACUCGAGAGGCGGCGUUUCGCGACGCACUCGUGAACCACGAGGCUGCGGCACGUGCGGCGCUCAUCAGCCACAAUUUUGAGCUUCUAAAUCGCAUGGACGCCGAUGCGAGGGAGCGUCGUUCUCUUUACGAGGUAUUUCGGGAGCGGCGUGAGCAGCUUGUGACGGAGUGGCAGGGAGGGACGGAGGUUCUUCGGAGCGCCAUUGUGAUGGACCAGCGCCGAGUUGCGUGGAUGAUGCAGGGGAGAGUUCAGAUGUGCGAGUUGUGUGAGCGGCAGAGGGCCAAGCUGAGCGCAGAGGAGGAAGAAAGCAGAAUGCGUGUGUACGGGCUUGCACGAGAAGAGCUCCAUACAGUGAUGGAGAGGGGACGAGUAUGUGAGGAGCAGCGCAGCGCCUUUGUUCAACAAGAGGCGGGCGCUCGCAACGCCAUUAUGCAGGACGAGGCAGCUGCUUGCAAUGCGCUGGGGUUGGUUUUUACGCACGGUGCAAAGGAAGCUCUUGAAACGGAGCAGUUGAAGUAUGAGCAACGCGGGGCGGCGCUUCACGCGGCCAUUCACCAAUUAAAGAGCAUCGUUGAAGAGGAGGCAGCUGCCUUUGCUUCACUCAACGCACAGGAGCACCGCGAGAAGGAUCUGUGCUACCAGUGGAUGUUUGAAAAGGGGAGGCAGCGCAAGGAACUGGAGCAUGUGGCUUUUCAUCACCUGCGGUUAGUGGUGGAAGAAGAAGAAGUGGCGCGGCAAGCAGCCUUAACAUCAAUGCAAGAGGAAGAAGUAGGAAUUGCUGCGUGUCUUCAACACAAGACGCGAAUGCUGCGGGAAUUGGUGGAUACAGCACUCGGUCAGAAGGGGGAAAUACGUUUGCAGGAGCAUGAGCAGCGUUUUGCACUGGUGUCACACAAGGCUGGGCAAGAAGACGCCGUGCGUCGAUGGAUUGAGAAUAAGGAAUGUGUGCGACAGUCACUCAUGGCAGAGGAGACGACGCACCGCAUUCACACAGUAGAAACGGAGCACGCUGCACGAGAAGAACUCAGCUGGCGCUUUGACACUGGGCAGGAUGCCUGUCAAGCGCUCAUGCAUGAACGAAUUGAGAAACAGAGGGCAUUUCAGCAGAAGGCACUGCAGGUGCUGCAUGAUAUUUUGGAGCAGGAAACCAGUGCGAGGCUUCUCAUGUGGCGUCUUGUUCAGGAUGACAGGGAAAGAGCCACUCACGAAUCGAAUCACCGGCAGAUGCUUGAGAUGUGUAAUGCGGAAGCAGAGUACCGUACAUACGUUGUACAGCAGGAGGUCCGCCACCGUGAGAGCAUUGCCACACAGAUGCAUCUUCAGGAAACUUUCUUUACAAAAGAGGCACAGGAGCUGCUCAAGGCACGAAUUUGUGAGCUUGUAGCUAUUGAAGAAAGUCAGCGUAUUGUGUUUUUGCGUCUUUACUCAGAGGCUACAGAGCUGCUCUACUUCGCCUCUCGACAAUCCUGGGAGGAGGCGGAGCGGUGUAAGAAGGAACGUGUGCUUGCGGAGCUGCGUGACCGCGAAGUGGCUCUGGUAGAGGACGCACGCGUGUAUCGCGAGGAUGAAUUACUUGUCUUUUGCCACGUGGAGCCUUUAUCGCAAGAGCUCCACGAUCCAGCUGCGGCCCCUUUGACGCAGGAGUCCUGGAAUGCGCAGCGAGAGCUCAUUUUUGCUGAGCUUAGCGGGGAUAAAGACGAUGUUGCCUCACUCACACCCGCAGCCGUUGGAUUUUUGGCCGGUGCCAUCGACGCCGUCAGCAGGCGGGAGUCGUCGCUCACGGCUGCGCUGCAUCAGGCGGAGGUGGCGCUCAAGGAGGCCAGUAAGAAGGUGAUCCACCAAAGGCAACUUCUCUCCAACACAAAGGAACGAUGGGAAGAGUUAAAAAAAAACUGGACCGUGACGCUCUUGAACACGAAACACGCGUGGCGAUGCACCGCAACACACGACAGAGGGAUGAGGGGCAGUUAG